AUGGGGGAUAAGCUUCAUCGUCGAGAGGGAAACAACCCGGAUCACCAGCUAAGGCCCCUAAAUAACCGCUUAGUGAUAAAGGAGGUAGGGGUGCAGAGACAGCCAGGAGGGGAGCGUUCCGCCUUAGGGGGAAGCACCCGCGUGAGCGGGAGUAGACGAAGCGGAAGGGAGAAUGUCGGCUUGAGUAACGCAAACAUUGGUGAGAAUCCAAUGCCCCGAAAACCCAAGGGUUCCUUCGCAAGCAGCACCACCGUACACAAAACCACCAACAAAUCCAACCCCACGCCACCGGAGGCGCGUGAACAGGAUCACUUCAUGCCGAUCGCCAACGUCAUCGGCAUCAUGCGCCGCGUGCUCCCUCCCCUCGCUAAGAUAUCCGACGGCGGCAAUGAAACCGUCCAGGAAUGCGUCUCGGAGUUAAUCAGUUUCAUCACCGGCGAAGCCAACGGGCGCUGCCAACGCGAGCAGCUGAAGACCGUCGCCGCCGAAGACGUCCUCUGGGCCAUCGGAAAGUUGGGUUUCGACGACUACGUCGAGCAGCUCACCGUGUUCUUGAACCGCUACAGUGAGGCCGAGAACGACAAAACUUCACUGCGUAACGAACCCGUCUUGAAGCGCGGGAUGAUCGACGGCCAUGCACCGCCACCACCCCUUAACGCACCGCCUUUCCCGGUGUUUUUGGAUGCCAAUUAUGCCUUUGCAGGUAGAUACAAUCGAAUUCGAGAUGCUUCUGUUGCUGCCGCCGCCACCACCACUGUCGGAUCAUGUCCGCAGGCUCCGGAAAACAAGUUCGAUCCGUUCGGUCAGUUCAAAUGA